UCUAACAUGAAGUUAUAGUUUUUAUAGGAUAUACUUCUCAAGAAGUGUAAGUGCUAUAGGCUAGGGCAGUCAUACUUGGAUCUUAGUUAUCCCAGUGUCUGAACAGAUGUGAAGAGUAUUAUCUAGUUGCAAUAGUCUAAGCCAGGGGAGAUUGAACACCAUGUUGAAAAGGUUUGACAUCUAUCGGAAGGUUCCAAAGGACUUGACCCAGCCGACCUUAACAGGAGCCUGUAUUUCCAUCAGCAGCGUUCUAUUUAUAUGUUUUCUCUUUCUAUCGGAACUGUCACUGUUUAUAAGCGUGGAAACGACAAGUGAGUUGACAGUAGAAGAUCCAGUAAAACACUCAGAGAAGAUUCCUGUAUUUCUCAACAUUACUCUCCCCAACCUAAAAUGUGAAUAUCUUGGACUAGAUAUUCAGGAUGACAUGGGGAGACACGAGGUGGGUUUCCAGGACAACACACAGAAAUUUGAAUUGGUGACGGAAAGUGGUGAAGGCUGUCGGAUGGAAUCCCAUUUUCUUGUCAAUAAGAUUCCUGGAAACUUUCAUGUGUCGACACAUUCAGCCAAAGUUCAACCUCAGAACCCAGAUAUGACACACAUCAUCCAAAAGGUCCGAUUCGGGAUGGACAUUGACAUUGAGGCGGACAAGGCUGUGAGGGGUUCUUUUAACCCUCUAGAAGAUGUUGACAGACGAGAAGCCAACGCCAUUCACACCCAUGACUACAUUGUGAAGAUUGUUCCCACUGUGUAUGAAGACAUCUCAGGAAAUGUUCAUUUUCCCUACCAGUAUACGUAUUCACAUAGAGACAUGUUACAAUACGGACAUGGUGGUAGAGUGAUGCCAGCUAUUUGGUUCCGAUAUGAUCUCAGUCCAAUCACAGUACGUUACAAGGAGAAAAGGAAACCUUUCUACACUUUCCUUACCACUAUUUGUGCAAUCGUAGGUGGAACCUUCACUGUAGCUGGUAUUUUAGACUCCUGCAUCUUUACAGCAUCAGAACUCAUUAGAAAAUUUGAAAUCGGGAAGCAGAGCUGAUUUUAGAAAUUAUUAGGAAUUUAUUUCACAAUCAAUCCUUGUUCUGUAGUUGGGAGUUACUACAUUGUUCAAAAAUACAUUCCAGUUUUUUCAGCAUUUUUUUAAAGUUCCUUUAUUUUAGUUUUUAAAGAGGGAUACAUCUUUUUUUAUAUUUCUAUAAAAUUCAUUUGAGACAACUGGAAAGACAUUUUCUUGUGUUAAUACAGUGAAAAACUGUCUAAACCAACCAUCAUUAUCCAGAUACACUAGUUACCUCAUUUACUGGGUAACUGGUGUUCAGAUUGCACAGGUUUAAUUCACUCCUCACCUAGACAUAGACAGGGUAGAAUUAUUUCUAACAUUUUGAAUCUCAAACAGACUUGUAGGUUGAUUUGUGCACAGGUGAUUUAUAACAUGAAUUGUAUUAAUAGGAACAUAGGGUGGUCUUUAUAGACAGGUGAUCUAUAUAAAGUUGUGAUCUUUCUAGGCAUGUAUUCAAUAUACACAGGUGGUCGUUAUAGACAGGUGAUCUAUAUACAGUUGUGAUCUUUCUAGGCAUGUAUUCCAUUUACACAGGUGAUCUUUAUAAAGGUAUGAUCUUUGUUAGCAUGUGUUCAUUAUAGACAGGUGGUCUUUAUAGGCAGGUGAUUGAGAUGGAUGACUUUUAUACACAGAUGAUCUCUAUAGAUGAGUGGUCUAUAUAAACAGAUUAUUUAUGUAAGUGGUCUUAAAGGGAGGUUCACUCUAUACUAAAAUUAUACAUUUAAUAAGUGUCUGUCUAGUCUUAUAUUUAAGGAGCAAUAUCACAGAUUUAAGAUUUUCAAUUUGGUCUGAAAAAAAGCCCACAUUAUACAAUCAUCAUUCCAAGUCCUGCUAAUUUAGCAUGGACAGUCUUUUCCUCGCACAUUUUAGCAAGUAAAGACAUGAAAUAUAAUUCAUUCCCACAUGUGGUUUUUUUUUUAUUUGUUUUUUUUAUUAUGCAGCUUAAGCUUGUUCUUAACCCUUUCACCCCUAUGUAACUUCAGUAGACUAUACCACACAUUGAUAUGGAUGAUUCCAUUAUGGUCUUCAGUGGUGAAAGGGUAAAUUGGAAUUUUAUUACAAGUAAGUUAAUUGGUAAAGAAUGUUAAUGAUGUGAAGUUGCCUUGUGUUUUUGAUAUAAAUGAUUAUCAUGAAAAUAUCAUUGUAGUUUUAUAAUGAAGACAUUUAAUGGCACAGAUGUAUAUAUUCAUCUUCAUAUUUAUUUAUCUUCUAUGGUUCAGGGGAAUUCUUGUUUCAGUGACAGAAUUCACACAACUUCAUAUGACGAAUACUCGUGUUCGUUCAUCAGGCAUAGUUUGGAAAAGUAGGAAUUUAAAUUUUGCUACUGUUACUUAUUUCGGGGUGGUACUUGAUGUUCUGAUGAGUAAUUCUAUAAAUAUAUGGAUUUUGUUCAGUGUUAGUGAUUAUUUGGCAUAAAAAUGUGAUAAUUGUGGGCUCAUAGUUCAAGAAGUGUGUUCUAGUUUUUUUUUCCAUUUUAAAGAUUUUUUCUUUGCUAUAGAUCAUUCUUUUUACACAUCAUAUUUAUGGAUAAAGGGAGUAUUUUUGUUGUAAUUUUUAGCUCACCUGGCCGAAGGGUCACAUUUCGUCAACUAUGUAUAAACAUUUAAAUUACCUAAUUAUGAUAAACAAAAGGAUAGGGUGGUGAUAUUUUGCGAGUUGCAUCCUG